CAAAGUUUUGCAAAUAAAAAAGGGUAUGCUUAUUAUAUGACUUAACGUAAUAUGAUAAAGAGUACUUUCAAGGUAUUUUAUUUCCGCUAUUUGGCAACUCUGCUUUAUUACUCACGCUACUCCAAGAGCAUUGUGCUGCACAACUACAUAUAUUUUUUACCAAUUGUGGUCGCUGUUUGUUGCUUGCUUAUGGGAUAUGCAGUCUUGUUAAUAGAGAGAGUCAAAUUGGGCUUUUUAAAUUAUGCUCACUCUGGCCGCUUUUAGUCACUUUCAGCGCGUAAAUGGAAGAGCAUUUAUAUUGUACUAAAACGCAUAAUGUGCCGGCAAUUAAAAGUUUUACUGUUAUUUACGGUGCUACUCUAUCUGGGUGGAGCAGGACAGGUGACAGCAUGGAUGGCAUUGGGAAAUUAUCAUAAUCCAGCGAAUGCCGGUAAAUGCACCAUCAGCGAAACGAUCGCCAUUUCGCCGGGCGAGAAAGUAAAAUCACCGGAGACGUGCGCCGUAAUACAUUGCGACAAUGAAAAUGGCGACGCCACAAUCACUGGUUGUGGCUCGAUUGGCGCUCCAGAUGGCUGCGAGUGGGGCGAUUAUGUGAAUGAACAAGCGGACUUCCCCACGUGUUGCGCUCGCUAUUUGAAUUGUGUUGGCGGUUUGAACAAUGAAACUCAAAGUUAUCAAGAAAAUAUAUGGGCAAUGUUUUCGCCUGAUUUGAAAAAUUCCGGUUUGGAGAGUGCUACCAUAGCGAAGCAGCAAUGAAAUACACGGUGAAAAUAUAUGCUUCACUUAAAAAAAAAUGUAAAUAACUGUUAACUAAUUUUAUUAACAAAUUUAGCAUAACCUACUAUUUAAAUAUAUUAAUUUUUUAAUACUAGUAAAAUGUAUUAGAUGUGAAAGUCGAUAAUUCAAUUAAAAAACACAAUUUCCAAAAUUCAA